AUGGAACGAAGGGAGGGUGACGUGGAAGAAGGGGGUUGGAGGAAGUGGGGUGGGGGAAGAAGGGAGGGUGGUGGAAGUGGCGUGGAAGAUGGAGAGGGUGGAGGGUGGAAGAAGGGAGUGGCGUGGAAGAAGGGAGGGUGGGGUGGAGAGAGCGGCGUGGAAGAAGGGAGGGUGGGGUGGAGGAGGGAGGGUGGGUGGGGUGGAGGAAGGAUGGCGUGGAAGAAGGGAGGGUGGGUUGGAGGAAGUGGCGUGGAAGAAGGGAGGGUGGGGUGGGGAGGUGGAGGAAGUGGCGAGGAAGAAGGGGAGGGUGGGGUGGAGGAAACGGCGUGGAAGAAGGGAGGGUGGGGUGGAGGAGGGCGUGGAAGAAGUGGAAGAAGGGGAGGGGUGGGGUGGAGGAAGUGGCGUGGAAGAAGGGGGGUGGGGUGGAGGAAGUGGCGUGGAAGAAGAAGGGAGGGUGGGAUUGUGGAAGAAGGGAUGAGCGUGGAAGAAGGGAGGGUGGGGUGGAAGGAAGAAGGGAGGGUGGGGUGGAGGAAGUGGCGUGGAAAGAAGGAGGGUGGGGUGGAGGAAGUGGCGUGGAAGAAAGGAGGGAAGAAGGGAGGGGUGGAGGAGGGAAGUGGCGUGGAAGAAGGGAGGGUGGGGUGGAGGAAGUGGAGUGGUGGACGUGGAAGAAGGAGGGUGGGGUGGAGAAAGGGAAGGAAGUGGCGUGGAAGGGGAGGGGGUGGAGGAAGGGGUGGAAGAAGGGAGGGUGGGGUGGAGAAAGGACGUGAAGAAGCGUGGAAGAAGGGAGGGUGGGGGAGGAAGGGAGGAAGGAAGAAGGGAGGAAGUGGAGGGAAAGGCGUGGAAGAAGGGAGGGUGGGGUGGGGAAGUGGCGUGGAAGAAGGGGGAGGGUGGGGUGGUGGGAUUAGCGUGGAAAGAAAGGGAGGGUGGGGAAAGGGAGUGACGUGGAAGAAGGGAGGGUGUGGGGGGUGGAGAAGUGGCGUGGAAGAAGGGAGGGUGGGGUGGAGCGUGAAGUGGGAGGGUGGGAAAAUGAAAGAGGGAGGGUGGGGUGGAGGAAGUCGCAUGGAAGAAGGGAGGGUGGGUUGGAGAAUGUGA